UUCAAGAAUACCAAACCCAUCUCCUCCUUCCUCUGUAGCCGAAACCAGAACUCCCAAACAAUCCUUUUCCUUCUUCUCCUCAGAUUCCCUUCUCAAAGCAAAGCAUCCUUCUUCCAUUAUAUUCUCCUCCAUCACCAUGCCUCUGUCUCCAUUCCUCUCAGCGAAUCUCUUCUCUGAAACUCACCCCCGCAAAUGGCCUCCCAAUACCCUACGGUUCCUUCCCCUGCAGCAGAUGCUACUACACUCACGCCUUUCAAGUACUCCAAUCGCGUUCUUCUGAAAACCCUAUUGGAACGCGCCGAUCAGAGGCCUGAAUUGAUCGGCCAGAGGGUUGUGAUCGGUGGAUGGGUGAAGUCUUCUCAGGAGGUGAAGAAGUCAUCCCCGAUAACGUCUUCGUUACAUGGCGAUAAAAAGGCUGAUGAAAGCAAGACCAAAGAUGUAACGUGCGUUGAGAUUAUUCAGUCUAAGAUACCUUUAAUUCGAUCAAUUUUGGAGGCUUUCGGCGGCAGUGGGGGUUGCAAGAAAAACGAGUCUGUGACCCCUAAACCCACGCCUCCCCAGCCUUCCACAGUGUAUCUGAUGGUCACGGAUGGCUCGAGCGUUGCGAGUCUUCAGGUGGUUGUUGAUUCUUCACUGGCUCCCCCCAGCAAGCUGCGGCCUACAGGAACCUGUAUAUUAGUGGAAGGUUUCCUAAAGAAACCAUCAGCAAAGGGAAAGCGCGUUAUUGAGCUUGAAGCUGACAGAAUUCUUCACAUUGGUACAGUAGAUCCUGACAAGUAUCCACUUUCAAAGAAGCGAUUACCAUUGGAUAUGUUGAGGGGUUUCUCCCAUUUUCGGCCUCGAACGACCACGGUAGCAUCUGUCAUGCGAAUUCGUAGUGCCGUCUCUUUCGCUACACACUCAUUUUUCGAACAUCAUGCAUUCUUUGAUGUGCAAGUACCAAUUAUAACAACGUCAAACUAUGAAGGGUUCGGCAAAAUGUUCUCGGUCAUUUCCCUGGAGCAGAAAGCAGACAAGGAGAAGCUAAAUACCAUUGAUGAGAUUGAAGGCAUUAACCUUGAAACUGUGAAAGCAGCUGUAAGAGAGAAAAGCAACCUAGUUGAAAACUUGAAACGAAGUGAUAGCAAUAGGGAAGCACUGGUUGCUGCAGUUCAGGAUCUGAACAAAACAAAUGAACUGGCAUCACAGUUGGAAGCAAGAGGAAAGAUGAAAUCAGCAUCCUCAUUCAAGGCUGAUAAAAUAGAUUCUUCUGAAGAAUUUUUCUCUUGCCAGACUUAUUUAACUGCUUCUGGUGGCUUACAUUUGGAGACCUAUGCUUGUGCUCUUGGAAAUGUCUAUUCAUUUGGGCCUAGAUUUCAAGCAGACAAAACAGAUUCUUCAAAACAAGCUGCAGAAAUGUGGAUGGUAGAGGCUGAAAUGGCUUUUGCUCAGCUAGAGGAUUCCAUGCGUUGUGCUAUGGACUUAUUGAAAUACCUAUGCAAGUGGGUUUGCGAAAAUUGCUCUGAAGAUAUGAACUUUGUUGCCAAAAGAAUUGACAAUGCCUGCGUCAGUCGUCUUCAGCAAACUGUAUCUGGCCCCUCUGAAAUUGUGUCCUACAGGGACGUGAUUGAUAUUUUGAGGAAGGUCACAGACAAGAACUUUGAAACAAACAUCCAAUGGGGUGUUUCCCUUACUACAGAACAUCUGAGCUAUUUGGCUGAUAACGUAUUCAAAAAGCCUGUAAUGAUCUACAACUAUCCAAAAGAAGCUAAGCCAUUUUUUCUUCGUGUGAAUGAUGACAUGAGAACAGUGGCAGCAUUUGAUCUAGUUGUCCCUAAGGUUGGAGUAAUAGUUUCUGGUAGCCAAAAUGAGGAGCGGCUUGACAUGAUAAUCUCAAGAAUUAAGGAGCUGGGCUUGCCAAGAGAGAAGUAUGAGUGGUACCUCGACCUUCGACGACACGGAACAGUCAAGCACUCCGGGUUCACUCUGAGGUUUGACCUUUUGAUUCUCUUCAUAACAGGCCUUACCAAUGUCAGAGAUGUUAUCCCUUUCCCCAGAAGCCAUGGCAAAAUCAUGAACUGAUUGUGUUUUGGGGUAAAGUUCAACAGUGGAUAAUGUGAAUACUUUCAGCUCAAAACUCUCCAUUUGCUGCAG